AUGAAGUCGUUCGUUCUGGCUCUGUCUGUGGCUGUGGCGUCUGUGGCCGCAGACAAAAUCCCAGACUUCGUCGUUAAAGGGAAAUGUCCCGCUGUGGAUGAAGUCAAAUUGUGGAAGGAGCAGACUACUAGACACUCUGAGUUCGGAGGAGUCUGGUUCCAGUAUGCUCUCACAAAGAACGAAUAUCAACCCCUGGAAAAAUGUGUCCAAAUAGAAUACAAUUUUGACGGAGAGGGAUACAAAGUCCGCACUUCGGGCGUCAACUACAGCGGAGAGAAGCAGGAGAGACAAGGAGAGAUCUACCCAAUGCCCCUCGGGGAUCCUCACUUCAUGGUCGACUUCGAGGGCCAUGCAUUCGCCGCUCCUUUGGUGAUCCUCGACACCGACUACGAGAACUACGCUUGUCUCUACUCCUGCAUGGACUACUCCUCCAGUUACUUCUCGGAUUUCGCCUUCAUCUUCUCCCGGACGCCAGAACUUGAGGACGAAUACGUCAGCAAGUGCCAGGCCGCUUUCAAGGACAUCGGACUGGACACCAGCCGGUUCCAAAAGACAGUCCAGGGGUCCCAGUGCGAUUAUUAGACUGGACAACUGUUAGCACUAUUUUUCUUUACUUUCGU